CUUCCUUCCCCCUCCCAACGCUCUCUGCCGCCCUCGCAACAUGUCAGGCAUCACCUUUGCAGACCCUCGGCCCGACUUUCGGCGGUGGGGCGAGGGCUCCAACAGGCCCGACUUGCGCAAAGGCGUGGCCUUGAUCGACCAGUGGGAGAUCGCCUUCGAUGACGAGGACAAGGGCCUCAUUCAAAGGUGGUAUAGCGGUAAUUUGUGGGAGGACCUUCAGAAGGAAGACGAGAUCGAGCCAAUGCCCAUCGUCGUGCCUUUCGCACCCCAGACUGCUGCCUCGGAGGUCAAUGACCGAGAGGCGCAUGAGAUCUGCUGGUACCGCAAUGUGAUUGAGCUCGAGCAAGGCAUCGAAGAGGACACGCAAGAAUACCUUCUACACUUCGGUGCGGUCGACUACGAGGCCACGGUGUGGGUAGAGGGAACUCAGGUGGGCCACCACAUCGGUGGUCACGUCGGCUUCUCUGUGCCUUUUCUGCCCCUGGAAGACGAGCAGUAUGUGACCGUCGUGGUGCGCGUCAGAGAUCGACCGCAUGACCUUACGCAACCUCGCGGCAAGCAAUACUGGAAGGCCGAGCCCGAGUCGAUCUUCUAUUACCCGACCACCGGCAUCUGGCAGUCCGUGUGGGUGGAGAUCGUGCCGCGGGCGCGCAUCGAGCGGACAGUGCUGGUAGCAGACAUCGAUGCCGGCACCCUCUCCAUCGACUUCGAGCUCGUUGGCCUCUCACGCGCGCCGGGCGCUACAGUCAAGGCAGUCGUGUCGCUCUUUGGCUCCGAGAUCUCAAACACAAGCGCACGCGUCAGCCGUGAGACGGAGAGCGCCAGGAUCGUCGCCACCAUGCGCGUGCCAGGCAUGCUGGCGCCCGAGGCGCUACGCGCACAGCUGCAAAAGCAAGAUGUCUUGCCUCCGGAGAUGGAGCGCAUGGCGUGGGUCGAUGGUCUAGCGCUCUGGUCGCCUGAGACACCGACUCUCUACGACGUCGAACUCUCGCUGCUCGACGCACAUGGCGAGGAGCUCGACAAUGUUCAGACGUAUGCUGGCAUGCGCAAGGUGUCCGUCAACGACAAGGGCAUGUUCUGCCUCAACAACAAGCCGUACUUCCAGAGCCUGGUGCUGAACCAGGGCUACUGGCCGAGCAGCGGCAUGACUGCUCCCACCGAGACGGCCUUCGAGGAGGACAUCAAGAUGAUGAAGCAGAUCGGCUUCAACGGCUGUCGACUGCAUCAGAAGGUCGAGGACAAGCGCUUCCUCUGCGCCGCCGACCGACUCGGCUUUCUCGUGUGGGGCGAGAUGGCAAACGCCUACGAGUUCUCGGCACAGUACUGCGCACGCAUCAUGGCGGAGUGGACCGAGGCUGUGCGCAGGGAUCAGUCGCACCCGUGUAUUGUGGCAUGGACGCCCAUCAAUGAGUCUUGGGGCGUGCCGGCGCUGGCGACGUCCGAGGCACAGCGCAACCAUGUGCUUGCGCUGUAUCAUCACAUCAAAUCGCUCGACCCGACCCGCCUCGUCGUCGACAACGAUGGCUGGGAGCACGUCAAGACCGACCUGACGACUUUCCACGACUACGGCAACGCCGAGCAUCUGCGCAGCGUGUGCGCAAGCAGAGAGCGCAUCCUGGCGCCCAAGGCGGGACGGGACAUGUUCGUCGGCGACGGCCAGCACUCUCCAAAGGCGCCCUUCAUCCUCUCCGAGUUUGGAGGCAUCAGCUUCGCUGGCGAGGGAGGCAAGGGCGCGUGGGGCUAUCAAGCAGCAGAGAGCGAGGAGGACUACCUGGCUCGUCUGGCACCCAUGACCGAGGCCAUCCUCGCCGGCGGCCUGGUGCAAGGCUGGGUCUACACGCAGCUCAGCGACAUCGAGACGGAGCAGAACGGUCUCUUGACCAAGGACCGCCGCUUCAAAGUCGAUCCGGCCAAGCUUCGCGCCAUCUUCGGGCGGCGUCCAGCGACCUAGCUCCCUUGCCUGCUGCCGCACAUCAAGACCAGCGACGCUCUGCGCUGCUCAAUUGCACGGCGUACGAGGAUGGCAUUGGCUGCGGCUGUCGCGCGAGGAUACGUGAUGCAUGUGCGCGCGGGCGCCAAGUCGGAGACACAGGACGGGGACGGUGAAAGGCUAUGGCUACAGAGAUUGAGCACCAAGUGAGG